UUAACCUAUUUCCUGUGGUGUAGCGAAAAAUGGGCAAGGCUAGGCCGAGGUCAUCGCUGGCUUCGCUAUUAGGCCUAGGUGUUGUUUUCUGCUGAAAACGCAGCGCGCUGUAUUUAUAAAGAAACCUUUUUUAUCUUAGAUUCGCUUUUAAAUGGUUACUUGUGUAUUUGACUUUUGGACCGUGAAGGCAUCGCAGCGAGAUCUAAGUUAUUACAUAUUCAGGGCCGUACGAUAUAGCAUUCACUUCGGUCGUCGACACGGAGUUUGUCAGUAGAGAUCAAUCCAUUUUGAUUGAAUUUGCUGCCUAGCCUUCUUUCGCUGUGCAUUCAAGGUGUUUCUUCUUUAUGGUAUUGUAGGAAAAUCGACGCCAGCAUUGUUAUUUGUUAGUUUCACUCAAAGCGUGGCUGUCUCGUUUCGCGUUUUCAGCGCGAGAUGGGCGCUUGCGUCGCCGCGAACUAGGAAGAUGGAGAAAGAACAAGAGCCUAGGCCACCUGCUGAGGCUAGCAAGAUGCCAGCAGCUCCAGGCAGUGCUGACGCUGGCCUUGACAGUGUAUUAGCAGAUGCAGCCGAUCCUGACGUUCCAGCGGUUGAACUCUGUGCAGUUAGUAUUGAUGUGCCCGACAGUGUUGAGACAGUUGUUGUGAACACUUCAAAUGGCACACCUGGAGUCUCUCUUAGUGAUACCACUCUGCCUGAUGCUGUUGUAAGUGCUGUGCUGAAAAGUGAGUCUGCUGCUGGGACACUUGACGAUGCUUCAGGCCUUCCAGAUGCUGCUGCGGCAGCUGCACUCUCAUCUGUGGUUGACAGUGAGCCAGCUGCUGUUGAAACUGUCGUCUCUACGGAGGCUUUGCCGGAUGUCACGGUGCCAUCGACAUCUGGCUUGUCAUCUGUGUCCACGUCGUCAAGUGUGUCUGACCGCUGUGAUGCGCGCAUAGUCCGCUUCAACAACCGUGACCUAGAGAGCCUGCGUAAGCUCCAGAAUGAGCUGAACACACGCAAAUCUGGUGGAGUUCCACGCAGUCCAGGCAGCCCCAUUGUGAUCAGAGCAGAGCUGACAAGUCCUCAGAAAGGGGGGUCAGCACAGGCACCCCAAGUUCUGGUUGUGCAGAAGCCCUCACCAGGGUGCUCCCCCAAGAAGGCUGACAUCCGGGUCAUCCACCCCCCAGGCGUCACUGUGCGCAGACGCUCCAGCAUUCUGCUCAUACAGCUACAGAUGAGUGUGCCAGCAGCCUCAGGCGGAGGCACCACCUCGGGGGGCCUAACCAAGGUGAUCCUGCAGCCAGCAGGGCAGCUUAUGAGUGGUGCUACCUUCCAGUUUGUGGGUGCCAUGGCGGGCGCUGGUGGCCAAGCAGCCCAGCCCACCCUGGUGCUCUCCAGUCCCACUCGUGCGACUCCCAUUCGUACAACCACUGGGCAGCAACUGGUGCGUGUGGCUGCACCAGGCACCACUUCUGUCUCAGCACCCAAGGGCAUGUAUGUGGUAUCUCCAAUGAAGCUCGGAGGAAAAGUAGCCAUGAUUCCUAUCAAUGUUGGCAAGUCGCCCCAGAGGAUUGCCCCUGCCCCCACAACGUCGUCCGUGGUCACAGGCCUUAGUGUGCCGACCAGUCGGGUGGCACUUGCUGCAAGCUCCACAAGCACUGCCACCACACCUACAGUCCGGCCAACAGCACCCACAACUACUAUCGUGCCUGUGCCAGGCAAAGUAAAUGUGCUGCUCAAGCCCUCGAUUGGUCAAGCUGUAGCUGUGUCAAGGGCUGGCACAGUGACUGCUGUUGUUCAGACGUCGAGCGCAAGUGGUGCAGUAGCAACAAGCGGCACCAGCAGUCUUGUGACAUCUGUGAGCAGCAGCUCAGCAGCCGUGCAAGUGCCAGGCAGCAAGUUUCACUAUGUGCGCCUGGUCAGUGCUCCUGCAGCAAGCACACAAGCCAGUGCAGUUCUUGGUGCAGCCAAGCCUCCAACCCUUGUGCCUGUAACCUCAGCAAGGCCUCUUGUGCCGGCAGUGCCUGCGACCGUAGCAUCAAGCACUUCCAGUGCAACUUUACCUGCUGGUGUGCGGUUGACGGUGCCCAUUGCCCCAGCUAUUUCAGCCCAGCAGGGAUCAUCGACAGGUGUGACAGUGUCCAACUCACAGCGAGUACUGAUCCCUGCAUCGGCUACCUCUGUGCGCCCAUCACUGCCAACCGGACCACUGAGUAGCCUGCCGACAGCAGCACUCAUUUCCGCUGGGGGAACAUCCAUGCAGAAUGCUUUUGUGGUGGUGCCUGCUCAAUAUGUGGCCCAGUUCCAGCAGGGCACGCAGCCGUCAGCGUCCCCCUCGGCAGGCACAUCACGGGUGGUGUUUCAAACGGGAACUGGCCUCCUGGGCAGCUCCGGAGGCUUUGUACCCAUUGCAGCAGCCACCACACCUACCACAACCAGUGUCUCAGCGGGGCCCGACCACAGAGAACCACCAGCAGCAACAGUGCCUCCUGCUAAAGCUCAAGUCAAUGGGACGUCAUGCGAAGAUAAUUCACGGCCCCGAAAGCCCUGCAACUGUACCAAGUCCCAGUGUCUCAAAUUGUAUUGUGACUGUUUUGCCAAUGGAGAAUUUUGUCAUAGCUGCAACUGCAAUAACUGUUUCAAUAACCUGGAGCAUGAAGAGGAACGUCAGAAGGCUAUUGGAGCCUGUUUAGAAAGGAAUCCCAACGCAUUUCGUCCAAAAAUUGGCAAAGGCAAAGAAGGAGACCAUGAGCGACGUCAUACCAAAGGCUGUAACUGCAAACGAUCUGGCUGCCUAAAGAACUACUGUGAAUGCUAUGAGGCCAAAAUCCUUUGCAGCAGUAUGUGUAAAUGUGUUGGCUGCAAGAACUUUGAGGACAGCUCGGAGCGCAAGACAUUAAUGCAGCUGGCAGAUGCAGCUGAAGUGCGUGUGCAACAGCAAGCUGCUGCUCGCACCAAGAUGUCAGCCUGUGACCUGCCCAUGCGGCCUGCUCCGAUCUCUGUCACAGGGGAAAGGCUGCCGUUUGCAUUCAUCACCCAGGAAGUUGUGGAAGCCACCUGCCAGUGCCUGCUUGCACGUGCGGAUGAGGCCGAGCGUCUCAAGAGGCCCUUUGCCGAAAUGGAGCGCUCGGUAUUGGAGGAGUUUGGCCGCUGCCUGGAGGCCAUCAUUGACAGUGCGCACAGGACCAAGGGCAAACCAACUGGUGACACUGCAGAAAAGAAGACCACACCUGCCAGCUUACCCCCAGAGCGUGCUGCUUCACGCAGAACUAAGACAGCCCGGCGCAUGCUCAACCUUUAAUCUGCCUCCUCUGUCUUCUGUGCGACGCCAACGAGGAGCCUCACAGCACCGGGGGAAGUGAACUUGAGGACUCAUUGGGUGUUGUGAAGCUGUGUGGUGCAGCUUGCUAAGCGAAGGCAUCUCCAAGACACCAGCUGUUGUAGAAUUGCCAAUUUUCUUCUUUUUUUUUUUCAUCCUCUCCUGUUUUCUGUGAGUGCUGCUUGGUGGACGUGGUUGUGUGCAACGCUGAUGCAAGUUGAUCAAUAGUGUGAAAAUUUUUUCAUCUGAUACAUGAAUGGUAACUGUUCAGAGCACACUGGCUCCUUUGCUGCAUGACCAGUGCACAUGGUUGGUUGUUCAUGACACAGAGUGUGAAGUUGGUUUGUGUUUGAGAAAUUUGCCCUCCCCCCCACCUUUUUUUUUAAACAUUUUUGGCAGGCACACCACGUGUGCAAACCACAUUUUUGGUGUGGACAUAGUUCGUCUUGAAAGUGGACAAAAGCAAACACUUAUUGCACUGCCUUAGUGUGUGGCUAUGUGUGCCUUUGUGUCUGUUUUAGCUGUUUGUGCAGGUAGCAUGAGCAACUUUUCAGUUUUCUCAAGCUUUGACAUUAUUGCUGUUUGUAAAUAUAAACAACACCUCAUCAUUUAAGUUAUGCUAUGUACUAGUCAGCAUCUUUAUGCAUAUUCACUGGAAUUCCUGUUUUAUCCUUCUUUUGACUUUUGUUUUUCAUGAAAUUUCCGUAAUGUGCUGUGUGGGUCAUGGCAUUCUUUACUUUUUGUUCACUUCUGUUUCAUGCUUUUACUGUUUAACAGCUGUGCUUGCUCAUUGAGAAAGGCAAAGUGGCUCUCUUAAUCUGGUUGCUUCUGGCAUUUGUUGUGUUAUUCAUCUAUUCUUUGAUCUUUUUAGUGCCGUUUCCUCACAAACAUUGUGUGUGUGCUAUGCGUGAUGGUGGUGGUUACAGUUAUGGAGGUAAAAGAUGUGUGAAGUUGUACAGUGUGUAAAUAUAUGUAAUGAGCUCCUACCUUUAUUUCAAAAAACACAUGCUGAUUUAAAUAUGCAUUGUAAUUACAUGCACUGUCUGGACAGUUUCUGAAAAAAAUUAGCUUGAUUGGAAGCCUCUGUGAUGCACAGGGACUGCAGUAUGUUCACUAUGAGCUAACUGCUAUUUGUGAAUUACUUUGCUGAAAGCAAUCUAAUAGAAGUGCUAUUGCCUUUCAUACUUCCUGGCAAUUUUCAUGCAUCUUGACUAUGUGGUUUCCUAAAGUGUGCAUGAGGCAAAACUAACAAACCGGCAUGAUUUGGCAGUCAUUAGUGGCAUUAAGAGGUUAAUUGAAGACAUUGAUGCUAUUUAUAAAAUCAAAACAUUGAAGGGGGACUUUCAGUGUGUUGUUCAAAGGUGUCAUUAUUUACAUACUGCUCAUCAUGCAACAUUGUUAUUAUAUAUGACUGGACUUUUAUUGUUUUUAUGUGCAGUUCGAAUGACUGAAAAUGAAUGGAUUCUUCUUUCUUCCUGUCAUAACGAAGUUAUUGAAUGCCCUAAGGCACUGUUUGUGAAUGCAUUGUCACCAGUGUGAACAGUACAUUGAUAUCAUGCUCAUGGAGCUGGAGUAUUUGGUUGAAUUAAAAGGACUUUAAGUUUA